CCCACAGAGGAGCCUCGGCGCGCCUCGCCAGGGCGCCCUCAGCCCCUCCUGAAGCCGCCAGCGCCUACGCCGCGGUGUCGUCUCCCCUCUCCACCCGCAGUGACCGCUCACCAGAACUGCGGGAGGAGCAGAGACACCGAGUGGCCAAGGAGAGAGGAGGCGGCGGCCCUGCUACGCCCUGGGUCCCAGGCGGUGCCCUACCGAGGGGCACAGGCGGAGAAGCGAGGCCCGACGCGAAGAUGCGGCUGCCCUGGGGCCUCGCGCUCCUGCUGCUGUUCCCCUGGGUGGCAGGUGGAUUAGGGAACGCGGCCAGUCCACGGGAUCAUGGGUUGUUGGCAUCGGCACACCAGCCUGGAGUCUGUCACUAUGGAACUAAACUAGCCUGCUGCUACGGCUGGAGAAGGAACAGCAAGGGAGUCUGUGAAGCUACAUGCGAAACUGGAUGCAAGUUUGGUGAGUGUGUGGGACCAAACAAAUGCAGAUGCUUUCCAGGAUACACCGGGAAAACCUGUAGUCAAGAUGUCAAUGAGUGUGGAGUGAAACCCCGGCUGUGCCAACACAGAUGUGUGAAUACACAUGGCAGCUACAAGUGCUUUUGCCUCAGCGACCACAUGCUCAUGCCAGAUGCCACGUGUGUGAACUCUAGGACGUGCGCCUUGACAAACUGCCAGUACGGCUGUGAAGACACAGAGGAAGGGCCAAGGUGUUUGUGUCCAUCCUCGGGACUCCACCUGGCUCCAAAUGGAAGACUUUGUCUAGAUAUUGACGAAUGUGCUUCUGGUAAAGUCGUCUGUCCCUACAAUCGAAGAUGUGUGAACACAUUUGGAAGUUACUACUGCAAAUGUCACGUUGGUUUUGAACUACAGUAUAUCAAUGGCCGAUAUGAUUGUAUAGAUAUAAAUGAAUGUGCUGUGAAUACCCACACGUGCAGCCUCCAUGCCAAUUGCCUCAAUACUGAAGGGUCCUUCAAGUGUAAAUGCAAACAGGGAUAUAAAGGCAAUGGACUUCAGUGUUCUGCUAUCCCUGAAAAUUCUGUGAAAGAAGUCUUCAGAACACCCGGUACCAUCAAAGACAGAAUCAAGAAGUUGCUUGCUCACAAAAACAGCAUGAAAAAGAAGGUAAAAAUUAAAAAUGUCACCCUGGAACCCGCCAGGACUGCCAACCCUAAGGUUAACUUGCAGCCCUCCAACUAUGAAGAGAGUGUUUCCAGAGGCGGGAACUCGCAUGGAGAAAAUAAAGGAAAUGAAGAGAGAGUGAAAGAGGGGUUUGAGGAAGAGAAAAGAGAAGAGAAAGCCCUGAAGAAUGACAUGGAGCAGGAGCGAAGCCUUCGAGGAGAUGUGUUUUCCCCUAAGGUGAAUGAAGCGGGUGAGUUUGGUCUGGUUCUGGUCCAAAGAAAAGCACCAACUUCCAAACUGGAACAUAAAGCAGAUUUGAAUAUCUCAGUUGACUGCAGCUUUGAUCAUGGGAUCUGUGACUGGAAACAGGAUAGAGAAGAUGAUUUUGACUGGAAUCCUGCUGAUCGGGAUAAUGCUGUUGGCUAUUAUAUGGCAGUUCCGGCCUUGGUAGGUCACAAGAAAGACAUUGGUCGAUUGAAACUUCUCCUCCCCGACCUACAGCCCCAAAGCAAUUUCUGUUUGCUCUUUGAUUACCGGCUGGCCGGAGACAAAGUAGGGAAACUUCGAGUGUUUGUGAAAAAUAGUAACAAUGCCCUGGCAUGGGAGGAGACCAGGAGUGAGGACGAAAGGUGGAAGACGGGGAAAAUUCAGCUGUAUCAAGGGACUGAUACUACCAAAAGCAUCAUUUUUGAAGCAGAACGUGGCAAGGGCAAAACUGGAGAAAUUGCAGUGGACGGCGUCUUGCUGGUUUCAGGUUUAUGUCCAGACGGCCUCUUAUCUGUGGAUGACUGAAUGUUACUAUCACGAUCUUUGACUUCUUAUAUCAGUUCUGUUUUUUGGUAUUACAUCAUAUGGCCCCCCCAUUUUCAAAAUACAAGCUGAAAAACUGUACCAACAGAAUAUUAUUGUAAGAUGCCUUUCUUGUAAAGGUGUGCCAAUAUUUGCUUUAAAUAUAGUACCACCGUGUCUUCUCAUGCAUUUCUAAAUUUUUCCACAUUAAGUUAUGAAAUGUGGAAAUGUCAGUUUAUCUCCCCUCCUCCCAGUAUAUAUGGUCUGUUUACAUGAGUUGAUGAACUUCUCUAUACUUUUCUAGAAUAAUCCCCCCAAAAGUGCAGAGAAAUGUUUCUGUUUGACUCUUAUGACACUUCUUGGAAACCAUGACAUUAAAGAUAGACUUUUGCCUAAGUGGUUUAGCCUGAUCUUUCAUAACCAAGCUUGUACACUUAAAUUCUUUGUACUAAUAAUAUCCAAAUAAUCA